GUGAAUUUUCUCUUCUUGGCUAAAAGACAUUUAAAAUCGACUUCACCUACUUAUAAUUUUAAAACGCAUCUGUCUUUGAGAAUACAAGGAUGAUCUGAUUUGGACCAAUCAGAACAGACCACGAAAAGAGACGAAGGAAAGAUGGAUCGUAGCUCUGUCAAAUAAUUAGUUUAUUAGUUUAUAUUGGAACUGAUUUGCUUUAAUUUGUGAUAUAAGCAGUGCUAUAAUUAAAUUAUAAUGGACUACUUAUUAAAUGUAAACUGGAACAAAAUCACUCCUUGCCUUGUUUUAUUAGUGUUAGAAGUAGUUUUAGAUUUUUCAGAAUGUGCUUCGCAAGCUGAAGUGAAUAAGCACCUGGAGCUGGGGAGAGAUUUCUUGGCUCGUGGUCAGCUCUCGGACGCUCUAACACACUAUCAUGCGGCUGUCGAGGGGGACCCAAACAACUACCUCACAUAUUUUAAAAGGGGCACAGUUUAUUAUGCAUUGGGUAAAGCUAAAUUUGCUCUACAAGACUUUACUAAGGUGUUGGAGCUGAAGCCAGACUUCACAGCGGCUCGCCUGCACAGAGCUAAUGUAUAUGUUAAGUUAGCAAAGUAUUAUGAUGCUAAGGAAGAUUAUUUACAAGUUACAUAUAGUGAGCCGUACAACGAGGAUGCGGUGAGUCAGUACCACGCCAUGGACGGGCUGGCGGAGGAGCUGCGGCUGGCGGAGGCCUACUACCGCGGCGGAGACCAGCGCGCGGCCGCCGACCUCGCCACCAGCCUGCUGGAGACUUCGCCCUGGGCCGCGCAGCUCAGGCAGCUGCGCGCUGAGUGCUACAUUGCAAUGAACGACCUGUUCUCAGCGGUGUCAGACAUCCGGUCAGUGAACCGUCUGCAGCAGGACAGCACGGACGGCUACUACCGCCUCGCCACGCUGCUCUACCAGCUCGGACACGUCAGCGAUGCACUCAAGGAGAUCAGGGAGUGCCUGAAGCUGGACCCGGAGCACAAGAAGUGCUUCCCGUUCUACAAGAAGGUGCGGCAGGUGGACAAGCUGGUGUCGACGUGCGAGCAAGCCAGCGAGGCGCGCCAGUACGCGCGCUGCGUCGACAGCGCCAGCAAGCUGCUCAAGAUAGAGGACGAGGUGACGCUCGUCGUGUUCGAGGCCAACCGCUGGCUCUGCUCCUGCCACGCCAAGGAGGAGCAGCACGCGGCGGCGGUGGCGGCGUGCGGCGCGGCGCUGGCGCUGCAGCGCGACGCGCGCGUGCUGUGCGACCGCGGGGACGCGCUGCUCGGCCUCGAGAUGUACGACGACGCGAUCCAGUCGUACAAGCAAGCGCUGGAGCUGGAGGAGGGGCUGCAGCGCGCCAAGGACGGCCUCAGCAGGGCGCAGAAACUGCAGAAACAGGCUGAACAGAGAGACUACUACAAGAUACUCGGCGUUAAAAGGUCUGCCAGCAAGCAGGAGAUCAUCAAGGCGUACCGCAAGGCGGCGCAGAAGUGGCACCCCGACAACUACCACGGUGACGACAAGAAGCUCGCGGAAAAGAAGUUCAUCGACGUCGCCGCCGCCAAGGAGGUGCUGACGGACCCCGAGAAGCGCGCGCAGUUCGACGCGGGCACGGACCCGCUGGACCCCGAGGCGCAGCGCCAGCACGGCUUCCAGCACGCCAGCCCCUUCCACCACUUCCAGCACGGCAGCCCCUUCCAGUUCAAGUUCCACUUCAACUGAACACACCAUCUCUUUGCUAAUGAGUUCCUCAAAGUUACAUAUACACUGAGAGAGUCUGAGUUACAACCAUUUUAAAAUCAAUCACAAAUGAGAUCUUUUCGAGUUCAAGUUCCAUUUCAAAUGAGUUCUUUCAAAGUUUAAAUUCCAUUUCAAAUGAGUUCUUUCAAAAUUUAAAUUCCGUUUCAAAUUAGUUCUUUCAAUGUUUAAAUUACAUUUCAAAUGAGUUCU